UUGGAGCACCAUGUCAUACACUGUUGAGCCGGUGAUUAAGAACUCCUGUUCCUCCAUCGGAGAAGGUCCGCAUUGGGACGCUGCCUCGCAGUCGCUCUUCUAUGUCGAUAUUAAACGAGGGGAUGUUCACAAGUGGAACUCUCUAACCAAGGAGGACAGUAAAAUGCACUUUGAUUAUCCAACAGUGUCUAUAAUAGUGCCGUGUGCAGAGGGUGGCUACGUCAUCGGUACAACCCACAGCCUUUCACAUCUGGAAACUUGGGGAUCUGAGAAACUGACAGUUUGGGCGGAAAUGGAACAAGGAAUGCCCACACAGAUUAAUGACGGGAAGUGUGACGCGCGCGGCAGACUGUGGUCCGGCACGAUGGGCAAAGAGCUUUCUCCUGGAAUUGUCGCGCCUGAAUUGGGAGCUCUUUACUCCUUGGACACGAAGAGGAUCCUAAAAAAACACGUUGACAAGAUUAAUAUUUCUAAUGGAAUGGACUGGACAAGUGACAACAAAACUAUGUUCUUCAUUGAUUCCACAGUGCGAAAGGUCUACGCAUUUGAUUAUGAUUUGGAGUCUGGGUCCCUCAGCAAUCAGAGAACAGCAGUUGAUUUUGGUGAGGGUACGGAACCCCAACUCGGACUGCCAGACGGUAUGACAAUGGACACUGAAAACAAGAUUUGGAUUGCCUGUUACAACGCUGGCAAAGUGGUGUGCUUUGACUCCGAGACAGGUAAGCUGUUACGCGAGGUGAAGAUACCAGCAAGCAGAACGACGUCCGUGGCAUGGGGCGGGGCUAACCUUGAUGAUCUGUACGUCACUUCCUGUAGACACGGAUUUUCAGAGGAGCAGCUUCAAACAACGGAAGCGUUGUCAGGAAGCGUUUUCAAAAUAACAGGACUUGGGGCUAAGGGGAGACAAGCCAAUAAUUUUCAGGGAUAAACGGUUACCAGUGUUGGAAUUGUUUAGACAA